AUGACCUGGCAGCAAGAGUUCUGGUCAUGGAUGACCCCAUCCUACGUCAAAACCGCUGAGCCUCCAGCAAUUGGUCAAAAGGCGCCUUCGACACCAAAGCUCACAGUUCCCAAAGAUGGGAAACCCACAAUCAUUGCCUUCCUGAGGCACUGCGGCUGUCCUUUCGCAGAGAAGACUUUCCUCAACCUGCGCGACGCUGCCGCUGCGCACCCCAACGUCCAAUUCAUCGGCGUCUCACACAGUGACCAAGGCUCAACAGACCGCUGGCUUGCCGCUCUGCCCGACACACCCAAGAACACUCAGCCCAAUCUGCAAAUCGUCGUAGACGCUGAACGCGAAGCAUAUGGUGCAUACGGCCUCGGCAUCUCGAGCUUCCUACACGUCAUGUCGCCGGCUGGCUUGAGCAACUUGAACAAGCUGGGUAAGGAAGAGGGCAUCUGGAACAGGCCCACUGAGAGCGGGAACAGGUGGCAGACAGGAGGCAACUACGGGGUGGAUAAGAAUGGUAUCGUCCAGUGGAACGGAAUGCAUCAGCGGGCUGACGAUAUGUCUGAUUUCAAGAAGGGCAUCUCUCUUGUAACUGCAUACUAG